AUGGAACCACAAAUCAUUAAAAUUAACAUUUCUGGUAAUGUUGAACCACCAAGAUUUGGAUUAGAAUCAAGAGGAAGAAAAAAAGAUGUAAAUACCCGAAAACUAAAGGAGAUUCAAAGAGCCAAGCAACAAGUGUUGCAAGAGAAACAGAAAAAGGAGGAUGCCAAGAAAAAGGCAUUCGAGGAGGAACGCAGACUCAAAAAGGAGACUGUGCCCCAACAAGCACGCAAACACGUACCAAGCACCAAGCCAAUCCUCGUAUUUGGCGACGACAACAACAAGGAGUCAUUGUAUCCCCAGUCGCAAGACAUUGACGCAGACGAGUCGCUCCUCUGCAAGACCGGUGACGCCAUUUUCACAUGCAAAAAGAUUGGCCAACAUUUCCAAGACGAAAUCAUCCUGUCGAGGGAUCCAAAGGAAUGUGUGGACAUUCAAAAGGCAAUCGAACAAUCUUUCAAGUUUAAUCACCACAUGGACGACGCUGUCUGUCAAAUGGAAGAAGAAUUUGAAAUCCUUUGCGAAGACGACGAUAGUAUGGAGGAGCAAGUAGAAGAAGAAGAGGAAGAGGAGGAAGGAGAAGAGUCAUGGGACAAUACCAUUAAAUUGGACGAGUUGGAGAGUUGGGAAUUAUUGGAUGAAGGAUCGUCUACUGCUCUCGUCAACUUUAUUACUACUCCCUAUGCUAGCUCUGAUAGAGAUUUCCCACAAUUGCCACGUACCACUGUCAACCUGACAACGUUGAAAUGUAAUAUUAACAAGGUCGAUGCUUCCAAUCCAUGGAACCAAACUCAAACUCUCAUCGAUGCCAUUCAUAUAAUUAUAAAUGGGUUGGUUGUCAAUAGUCAAUACUAUCAACCAUUUCAUGAUUCACUACACUCUAGUUAUGCAUUCAAUGUAGAUGCUAUCGUUAAUGACUUGGAAUGGACAUUUAACGAAACGAGUUAUAUAGUUGCAACAACCACAACUACAACUAUAAACAACCAACAACUUUUAUUUAAUCCUUUAGUAUUAGAUGAUCAAUCAUUUAUAUAUUUAUCUUCUUCUUCCUCUUCCUCAUCUUCAUCUUCAAUUAACUUAAUUAGAUUAAACUACGAUACUGAUAUACCUUAUUUUAAUGUAUCAAUUAUCAAUAAUACGAAUACAAAUAAUAAUAACAAUACAACUAGUAUAUUCUCAUUACUAUUAUUAUCAUCAUCUAAUGGUGGUGGUGGUGGUGGUGGUAUAGUAUUAUUUAACCAUUUGAAUAAUGAUUUAUCAUUAUAUGAUUUAAAUGGUAUUCAAAUAUGGUUAAAUAAUAGUAAUAUAGAUAAACAAUUGAAUUGUUCAUUCCCACAACAACAGUUGAUAAAUGAUAAUGAUAAUUGGAUUACUAUUAAUUGUCAUCGAUUGAUUUAUUCUUUUGAUCCAACAACUGGCUAUUUGGUCGAUACGAUACAGGUACCUCCAAAUACUGCAAGUGCAAGUCAAUCAACACUAAUCAAAGGUGUAAACAAUACACUUAUUUAUAUGGAUUAUGAUGGAUACGGAGAGUUGGUAGUAGUCAAUCUGGCAGAUUCAACCUUUACAACACCAUUUGCCAACAUUUACAAUCAAUCAUACUAUCCAUUAAACAAUAACAAUGAAAUCAAUAGUCAAUAUAUCAACCAACCAACUAUAGUCUCUACUAUUACCAACAUCACCUAUACGUCAUCUUCCUCUGGUAAUACAACAACAGUACCAAUACAAUCAAUUGUACAAUUGGUAUGUGUUGGUGGUACAUCAAUGGCAGUAGAGAUAAGAAAUCUUAAUGGAGCAUUGACAUUUUAUCAUCUAUUGGUUUCUCAAGUAAUCGAUUGUAGUACUACUAUUGUCAACCCUAAAUUAUCACUCACCUCUACAGUACUAUUCAUCUCGUUUACAUUGAAUUAUCAAGACUCAAAUACUGGUUAUUUAGCAUUAAUCAAUAUAAAUACAAAUAUUGUUACUUGGUUAAUUAAUAAUCAAAAGAUUACAAUAUUGGAUCAAAUCAUUACAAAUCAUAAUUAUCUUUAUUUAUGUACAAAAGAACAAGGAAUUCAAUUAAUUACCAGUAAUGGAACAAAAUCAAUUCAAUUUAAUCAAGAAUAUAAUAUGACAGUAAGUUAUUGUCGGAUGGCAGUUGGAGAAAAUAGUUUAAUCACAUUUAUUGGAUCAGACAAUAAUAAUAAUAAUAAUAAUAAUAAUAAUAAUAAUAAUAAUAAUAAUAAUAAUAAUAAUAAUAAUAAUAAUAAUAAUAAUAAUAAUAAUAAUAAUAAUGGUACAGUAGUAAAUAGUGUAAUGAGAUUAGGAGAUAGUAUUUGUACAGUUUUAUGUGGCUCCAAUUUUACAUGUACUAGCGAGAAUUGUCAAUGUUCAAAUGGGUAUUACCCAUUUGGUGUGUGUAAUGUUUAUUGUGAUUCACAGGUUACUUGCUCGGGACAAGGUACUUGUCUAACAGAUGGAUCAUGUGAAUGCUUAUCUGGUACUGGUUACUAUGGUGUUGAUUGCUCACAAUGCCAAAAAGGUUAUUUUGGACCAGACUGUAGUAUGCAUAUUAGUUGGUUGACUAUUGGUAUUGGAGGUGGUUUUGCAGCAUUGGCGACGGCCGGUAUCUUUGUAUUUUGUUGUUUGACCAAACCCAAGGGUGCUAGAUUCUGCUGUAAAUGCUGUUACUCUCGUAAAGACAAAUAUGGCGAUCGAUCAUGUUGCUGUUUUGUUUUAUUUGGCCUAUGUGCAAAACCAUUCAAACAGUGUAGACAUCAAAGAAAAAACAACAUCGCAAAAUAUCAACCAGAGGAUUAUAGUCAACUCAUUGAUGAUAAUUCAAGUUUAUAA